UUGUUUAUAAUUCAGCUCUGCUAGCCUCUCAUAUCACUCUUCAGCAUGAACAACCAAUAUGGUGAUGAUCAAGAUGAAGCAAAAGUCAUUGGGUUUGAAGUUACAAGAUCACCUGAUUCAAGUUACAAUAAUGCAUACCCUGGGAGUGAAGAUGACGCACGUGGCCCGCCAGUUGUCCCUCCACACCUACAUCAUUCGUUGCUUAGCUACCCCUCAAGUCUGAAUGCUUCUGGGAGUAUUCCUUUGCCAGAAAAUGCGAUUCUAAAUCAUCUUUACAUUGAGAGCCGAGAGGCACCUAGAUCUGUAGUGGCACUUGGGUUUACUCAUCGUUUUCGUUCAAAGUAUGUUACUGUCGUGCUAUACAAACCAGUUCCGAGAAGGGGGGGUACCAGUUCUUAAGAUAUAAACAUCAAAUAGGCCUUCAUGUUGGGUUUGUUGGUUAGCCGUAGUGUGGGAUUAGUUGCAAUAGAAUCGAAUAGGGAAUUAGGGGAAAGAACAUUUAUUGGUUUCACUUGAUGCCUUAGGGGGUUGUCCUUUGAAACCUGAAACUUAACAAUUGACAUGAAAUACCAGUUAUGUCGUGAUACAUGUAAAGCUUUAUUGUUGCUCUUUUAA